CUCAGUGCCUACUCAGGGGAGAAAGCGUUGCGUGACAACACUUAAAGCGGCUGUGGGGGAGACUAAUUGUUGCCAGCUCGUAAAGAUCUGCAAAAGCAUACGCCAUGUUYUUAGAACUUACCUUGCUAACUUUGUUAGCAUUUCUAAUCUAUCAUUUAUUUUUUGAGUUCAACGAUUCGAAACUUCCGCCAGGCCCACGACCAUGGCCUUUGGUUGGAAAUGCCUUCCUCAUGAAUUCACGAAUGCAUUUAUGUUUCACUGAUCUCGAAAGUAAAUUUGGAAACGUUUUCCAUGUGUACAUGGGCCACAAGCUGAUGGUUGUACUAAGUGGCAAAGCAAUUAAAAAUGCACUCGUUCAACGACCAAAAGAGUUCGCAGAUCGUCCGUCUAGGAGUUUAUUUAGGUUCAAACAGCACCGAAGCCCUGCAUUGUUCCUGAUGGAUUACGGCGAAGCAUGGAGACUCUUUCGAAAACUUGGCCAUUCCGCUAUUAAAGUCUACGGUGAGAACCGCUUGGAAAAAGUCAUUCAUGAAGAAGUAGAAGAGCUCUGUAAAAGGCUUGRAGAUUUUGAGGGGAAAGCGAUGGAUAUCAGUAAAGAAUUAGGCAUAUCUGUUACAAAUGUCAUUUGUAAUCAGUUAUUCGGUACCCGAUAUGACGUCAACGACCAAGAACUAAUCCAAGUGCAUAAAUGUCACGAUCUAAUCACUCGAUCCCCAAUCCAGAACUCAUUACUGGAUUUUUUCCCGAUUUUGGGAUYGUUUUUCCCGACAAGCGAAAGAGAAAAACAAGUUGAAGAGAGUGCAGUAUGUAGAGAUAACCUUCUUGAAAAAAAGUAUUUGGACCACUUAGAGACUUUUGAUCCAGAUAACAUUCGCGACUACACCGACGCCUUGUUGAAAGCCAAGACACAAGCGGAAGAAGAAGACAAGUCGAGCAAAGAACACUUAACAAAAGAGGCAAUAAUAAUGGCUGGGUUGGCAACUUUAUUUCUGGCGGGCUCUGAGACAACAUCGACGACAUUGUCAUGGGCUGUAGUUUAUCUUCUAUAUAACCCCAAAGUACAAGAGAGACUCGAAAAAGAGAUUGAUGAGGUCUUAGGUGGUGAUGAAGUCCCUACACUGAAGAACAAGAAAGAUUUACCGCUUCUCGAGGCAUUUAUAGCCGAAACGCUUAGAAUGUCUUCGCUGUUGCCUCUGUCACUCCCGCACAAGACGUUAGUGGACACUUCCUUCAUGGGGUAUCAUCUUCCGAAGGGGACCAUCGUUGUACCCAACUUGUGGUCACUGCACCAUGACUCGACCUUCUGGAAAGACCCAUUUGAGUUCAGCUUGGAGCGAUUUCUUAACGAUGAGGGUAAAUUUGUAAAUCCACCCGGUGGAACGCUGUUGCCGUUUGGUGCCGGACCCCGGACAUGCAUGGGAGAGGUACUGGCAAGGUCAGAGCUGUUUCUGUUUCUCUCGCGUCUUCUGCAGAAAUUCAAGUUUGAAAAUCCUCCUGGCGCCGGUCUUCCCUCUCUGGAAGGAGACAGAGGUGUGGUGAUGCAUCCUAAACCCUUCAAAGUUUGUGUAAAGAUACGGGAAUAGACGGAGACAAAUAAUGACUUGCAGCACUUGGUCAAUAUGUUGCCGUGCGCCGUGUGUUUGACUUCACAGCACUUGGUAUACGAUUUAGUAUAAACAUGCAGUCGUUCCGUAGUUCAGAUUCGGUAAUUUUGUAUAUUUUUCCUGCAGAAAGGGUUUUUCCCUUGCCACAAGGGUAAUUUUCCCUAAGUUUUUCUCCCCCUGUAAGGAUCAACGAACACGAGCUUGCAUGAGUAUGCUGCGCCCAUAGCCGCGCGAUAUUGCGUGUACGUAGCUGUAGUGUGUGUUGAUGAAAGUGGGCCAAAUUAAUUGGAAACCAGUUCAUAAUGAAUUUGUUACCCCACUAUAAAAAAAGUAUAAUUUUUAAAGAUUUUUAAAAUCA